AUGGACCGAGGUGGAGGAGGAGGAGUCACAUACGCUAACAGGAAUGGCCGUCAAGACUAUGACGACCGACAUGCUGACAAUGGAGGACACCAUGGUUACAACAGCCACUCGAGUGAUUCGAACGGAGGAAACUACAGAAGGAACCCAGCACCAGGUUACAACACCGGUCCUAGCGGCGGGGCUGGAACUGGGGGUGGUUACAACAGCGGUCGAGGAGGCGCGUCUUGGGGUCAAUUUAGCGGCAGCAAUGGGAGACCACGCAACGACAACGCGCAAUACCCAGACCGCCCAUCUAACAUGGCCCCGAGUAGCAGCGUUCACGGCGGAAGUCCUCCCAAUUCUCACGGCUACGACGGUCCUGGUCGAGGCGAGCACCGCAACUAUGACGACUCGUCUUACAGGGGUCAAGGCAACAAUAGCGGUAGUAACGAUGGACGUCCGGACCCGUCAGAGUCACUCAAGGCUUAUCAACAAUCCAAGAGCAGUGACCCUUAUGCCGUCGGGCUGAGAUCUUCGGCGGCCUUCUUUCACGAGACUUACGAUAAGCUGGAGCGUCCUGGCGGUUUUGCCGAUAGUACAGCAGGGACACAGUACACGGUAACAAUCAUCAAGACCUACCGCGAGAUGGCGACGCAGACAACAGAGGAUCAAGUCUCUGGAUCACAGGAUUCGACCUGGAACGGCGUUCGCAUCAUCAGCUCAGGAAAGCAGCAGCCCACACCCCAGCAUCCACCCCAGCACCAACACCAACAGCAACAACAGCAACAACAGCGUACAGCCCAGGCAUACCCUAAAGCACCUAUUGCGCCCGUAGUCGCCGCCCCUCCUCGCUCCACAGCAACUGUUACUUCAUUACUCAACGCUGUCCUCACCCCAAGCCAGUCUCCUGUUGUUUCAUCCGCAACCGCAGUAAAGCCCAACGCGUCAGGAUCAUACGGAUCUUCAGUCCAGUAUUCUUCAGAUGAGCGACGUCCUCAUGGAAUGACAGGUAGCUCAUCGGGCGGGUUAAAAUCUAACGACAGUGUACCAACAGCGUCGAGCGCAUACCAGAAACCUCCCUACGCCACAGCAUCUUCGGCGAACAAGCCCUUGGCUACCUCUGACAACUCUUCUUGGAUGGCAGCACCAGAUUCUGAUACCAAGAGGAGUGCGACAACUACCCAGCAGGAUAAUACCCGGAACGAGAUGACCAAGAAGCUAGAUCCAAGAGGAGCACCACCACCAGCAGCAGCCAGCGCAAAGGGAGAUCCUUGGUCACAGCCAGCGGCAGGGACCGCUGCAAAAGCGGACAAUUGGGCUCAACCAACUUCAACGAGCAACUCGAGAGCAGAGUCUGGAUUCAGCGGCUGGGGGAACACUUCUCAAGGAAAGGCUGUCAGCGAUCUUGUCGAUUGGAGUACGGGGCUUGUGUCAGAGUUUCCUACAGAGGCCAAGCCUACGUUUAUGGCUGUGACGGAGCGCUGGGACAGGAUGGACAAAUAUGACCCUUCGUAUACCAACAACCGUCAAAAGACACAGCAAGAACAACAACAACAACAACAACAACAACAACAACAACAACAACAACAACAGCAACAACAACAGCAACAACAACAGCAACAACACCAACAACAACACCACCAACAGCAGCAACAACAACAGCAACAACAACAGCAACAACCACCACCACCACUACCACCACAACAACAGCAACAGCAGCUGCAGAGCUCGCGCUCAGACUCAAAGGAUGAAGAAGGCGAGGAUCGUCAUCGAGACCGUGGGCGCGCCCAAGAGAAGCAAGAGGUUGUCCAGGAACAAGGAGGAUCAGAUCCGUGGCUCAAUGACGGAAAUACUGGCCUGUCAGACUGGGGAAGUUCUGAGCCUGGGGAGUCACAAAUGAUCUUUAUGGACCGUGACGACGCGAGUAGUCAAAGUCAGCCGCCACAGCCGAGCGAACAGGAACAUCACCAGGAACCAGAGCGCCAUCAUAACGAUGAUGACGGACAUUACCCCAGCACCGGAACAUCUCAGGACCGUCGGGCUAUGACAUCCGAGGAGAGAUUCAACAACAGCUAUAAUAGACCACCAAGCAGCGGCGGGGGUGGCAUGGGAGGAAGUGCCAAUGGUCGACACAGCAGCAACAGCAACAGCAGGGGUGGACCAGGACCGCGUUAUGGUGAUGGCAGCAGUGGCGCUGGCGGCGGCGGACACAGCUAUGAGCGUGCGCAGAGACAUGGACCUAUGACGGUCACGCCUUCUUCGCCAGUUGGUAUUACAGGCCGUCGGUACUUUAACAACACCUUAGAUCGCGACUCUGCCCUUGGCGCAUGGUCUGCAGCCUCACAGAGUGCGUCAUCAAAGCCAGGCCCUAGUCAAGGUGUUCCACCAUCCGGGUCUUCUGGGUUGUUGCCAGGCUCGGGCGCGGCUGAAGGAUCUGUACUGGUCAAGAGCUCUGGAAGUACAAUGAGUAGUGGCGGUCGACCUGCACUUGCGACAGCGAGUGACUUUGGCAGUUUCUUCCAAGCGGCGGCGAUGUUUACACCACCACCAGCGAGGGCGCGACAGGGAAGUCAAAUGCGUCGGGGAAGUGAGAGCGAGAGCACGAUGACGCAUCAUAGUAGUCCAAGCAGGAGUAGGGAGUCUUCGAGGUCGCGACCACCGUAUUCCGGAACUGCUCUUGAGCACACUGAGGAGGAGCCUGAGCGCACUGAGGAGACUGUUGAGCAGAACUCAUUCGCAGCUGGACACGAACACAUUGACGAGGAUGGGGAUCUUAUCAAGGACGUGGAAAUUGCGCCUGUUGUUGUUCCUAGUGCUGGUACUGGCACUGUUGUUGAGGAGGACAAGGGAGAUAAACAGCAAGAAACGGUGGAGGAGGAUGAUAGGAAGGAGGCGGUGCGUAUGAACAGCAACUCUAGUCGGACUAGUUCGCAGGCGAUGGAGGAUAACCUGCUGACCUUUCAGAUGCAGAAACAGGCCGUUGUCGGUGGCAGUGGUGAUAAGGAGAAAGAGGAGGAGCAGGAGGAGAAGAAGCAAGAGGAGGACAAGAAGCAGGAGGACAAGAAGCAGGAGGAAGAAGUUGUUGAUAGUCCUGGAGCCAUUGAAGUCGAGAAGGUUGUCUCAGGUUCGACCCAGGGCAGCCCCAAAGCUGACUCUGACGACGUGUAA